AUGUUUGGCCUGUACAGCUUUAUGCCGGUGGGGGUGCAGACGACCAGUGCCACCGCAGUCAACCUCUCCCUGCUCACCGCAGACCUGUUCAGCCUGUUCUGCGGACUCUUCCUCUUCCACUACACGUUCUCCAUCUUGUACAUCGUGUCCUUGGUGGUCAUUAUGGUCGGCUUCGUCAUGUUCAACGCUGUCCCCACCCUCAGCGCUCUGACUGAGGAGGAGGCCCUUCGGACACACCAGGGGCCCCACACAGAGCCUCAGGUGGGGCCCCACACAGAGCCUCAGGGCGGGUCCACACGCCUGCUGCUGCCUGACCAGGACCCCACUGUAGCUGUAGCCGUUCUAUGA